AUGUCGAAUUUAUCUACAAGUCGUACUCAAGACGAAGAAAUUAUCUAUAAAACACAAGAACGGAAAAAUUUAACAACAAAUAAUUAUGAUAAUAUCAAUGGAAAUUCAUCAGAAAAUUAUAUUGAAAAUUUUACUAAUUUAUCUAAUACAGAAAAAAGUCUUGUACUUCAUCGAGUUGCACAAAAUUUAAAAACAAAACCUAUUCGAAAAGAACCAAAACUUGAUGAUGAUUUUAAUGAACGAAUUUUGGAUCUACUUAAAAACGAUGUUUAUGAUGAAAUUUCACAAUCACCUUUUACUGAUAAUUCUCUACAUAUAAUAAAAAAUGAUAAUAUUUUAAAUAAAAUAUGUAAUGAAAUUAUUGAUAUUUUACAUCAGUGGUUUAAUAACAAACAUAAAUUAUGCACAUUUUUCAAUCAUUCAUUACCACAAUCAAUACGUUUUGUUAGUUGGUAUUCAUAUUUAUCUAAUAGUAAAUACCGUGAAAAAUUUCUUAAUGAUUUGGCAACUCAUCCUCGAAGUGUACUAUCACCAAUGGAUUCUGAAAUUCAACGUAAUUCUGAUCGUUUAAUUGCAACAUUACCAAGUGCACCUGAUAUGAUCAAUUCUAAAGGAAAUAUGAAUGCAGUAAAAGCAAUACUUUCUUAUCAUCGUUCACUCUUUCCCCAUAGAUAUGAUUUGGUUAAUGCAGAAUAUUAUUAUGUAAUACCGAUUAUACUUUCACACAAUACACCUUUAGCAAGCUCUGAGGAAUCCUAUCUAACAUCGCUUGCAAUUUUAAUUGAAAUGUAUCAAACAUUUUUGGAAACAAUGCCAUCAAUAUUACGCAAGAUUUAUUCAAAUAAUUCAAAAGAAGAAUUAGAACCAUGGUUUUGUGAAGUUGAAAAUCAUUUGAAAAACAUUGAUCAAUCUUUUUACAAACAUAUACAAAAGAUUCUUCGUUCAUCACCCACUUACAAAUCUACAAUUGAUUCUAGUUCUGUAUUAAUUUUACUAAGAAAAUAUUGUUAUAAAUGGUUCAAAUAUAUGUUUGUUGGUUGUCUUAUAACUGAUCCCUUAUUAUUUGUUUGGGAUCAAUAUUUGGUAACUCGUAAUAUAUCUGGAUUUCAUAACGAACUUCUACCAGCCAUUGCAACAGCAAUAAUUAUAGCAUUGAAGGAUUUAUUAAUGGAAUGUAAAAAGACAUCAGAGAUUGAAAUAAUUAUACAGAAUAAAUCGACUAUUAUUGAAACACAUCAAUUACAAUCGAUUAUUGCUCAAUUUUUCUUACCAAAUUUAACAAAUAGAAUAACUGCACCGAUUGGUCAACAACCUAAUAAUUCAUCACGACAAAUACCCGACAUGAAGAUGAAUCCUGUAUAUGAUUUUCUUAGUACAAUAACAGAAACAUGCAAUCGAGUUGUACAUGGUGAAGGAGAAAAUAACGCAACAUUAGAUGAACAAACGAAAAAUGAUAUAUACAUCCAUAAAUUUGAUUUAAAAAUGGCUGAACGAGAAGUUAUGAGAAAAACAUUAAAUAUCAAUGAAGACGAUGCAUUAACAUUUGAACAACAACAAAAAUAUAAUCAAGAAAUGACAGAAGUGAUGAAAAACCGGAUUCAUCAUCGCUAUGCUAAUGAACUCAAAUGA